CGAGCCACUCAGUUGUGUGCCAGUCGCGAAAGAACAUGGAACGUUGGCAGAAUCGUGUGGCAGUGAUAAGUGGCGCCAGUUCGGGCAUUGGGGCUGCCUGUGCCCGACUUCUGGUGGCCGCUGGCCUUCAGGUGGUGGCGCUGGCCCGGCGCACCGAACGCUUGGAGCAGCUGCGCCAAUCGCUGCCCCUGGAGCAGCAGAGGCUCUUCCAUCAGCGCACGUGCGAUGUGUCGAAGGAGUCGCAGGUGAAUGGCACCUUCGAGUGGAUCGAACGGGAGCUGGGUGGCAUUGAUGUGCUGAUCAAUAAUGCGGGCAUUGUACUGGGUGGCCAGCUGAUCGAUAUGCCCACCCAGGAGAUCAGCAAUGUCCUGCAAACGAAUCUCAUGGGCAGCAUCUACUGCACCAAACUGGCCACUAGCAGCAUGCGCCGUCGACAGGUUCCAGGACAUUUGUUCUUUGUGAACAGCACCGCUGGUUUGGGUGGCUACAAGCCAGAUCCGGUCGACGAGAGCCUCAAUGCCUACACACCCAGCAAGUUUGCUCUCACGGCUGUACACGAAAUAUGCAGACAGGAGCUCAUAGCACACGGAUCCAAGAUCAAGACAACGAGCAUCAAUCCCGGUUGGGUGGCCACCGAAAUCGUGCCAGACGAAACCAAAGAAAAGCUGGGCAAUGUGAUACUCCAGGCGGACGAUGUGGCCCAGGCAGUGCUCUAUGCCCUCUCCACGCCGCCCCAUGCCCAGGUGGAGCAGAUAACGUUGCGCGCCGUUGGCGAAUACUUUUGAUAGCACACAGAACCCCCCAACCCGCAUACUGAUAACAGAUUAGGCCACGGACCAGCCCACCCCGUAGUGGUUGUAAGCACUGUAAUCGACACUCAAUGGCAAUCAAAUAAACGAAACAGAGAAGGGGAACGACCUCAGAUACAGAUACAGAUACAGAUACAUAAAUUCAAGUGGAGGGAGAAGAGAGGUGGGCCCUACAUUUUCCCGCUCCCGCUCCCGCUCCCGCUCUCUCUCUCUCUACGCGUUUACAUUUCGUUUUUAUUGUUAUUGUAACUGUCAUGAUUAUUCGACGGUUUCGACUGUUUGGCCUUUCGGUUAGUCAACAAAUCUGUGGCACCAUAAAUAAUUCAGAUUUUUAUAAAUUAAUAAACGACCCACAAAAUGGCCCACAAAUCGAUGCCAUGCCGAA